CUGGACGUCUCGAUCGCCGACAAGGCGGAGGACGGGAAGCGGUACUGCGACGCCUGCUGGAUCGCCUGGCCGGACGCGUUGACCGCGCCGCAGAGAGCGGCCGCGCUGCGGCGCCUGCAGGCCGCCGGGCAGGCUGCCCAGGAACGCGCGGCGCGGGACCGGGAGCUCCAGGCGCAGCGCGAGGACGAGUACUGGCGGGCGCGGCGGGCGCAGGCACCGCGGGCCCCAGCGCCGCGGCCGAGCGCGGAGCAGAAGGUGCCCGUGGCCUUCUGGGGCAUCUGCGACCUCAAGUACGACCCGCGGGAGCCGGAGAGGGAGCGCGUCAAGGUGCUGGAGCUCGGGGACGGGCGCUAUUCGAAGUUUUCCCAUCACGGUGCUGUCAUCAAGGAGACGAUGGAGGGCGCGUACUGCAUGGGCAAGAACCCGCUGAAGAAGGGCGUCAUGGUAGACAACAAGCGAGUGAUGCACGACGCCUUCGUGCAGUGCGGGCUCGCCUUCAUGCGGCCGAGGCAGUUUGCAUACCCGAGGAAGUACUCCCCAGGGCUGGCCGACCGCAUCAAGCGCGACCUCUGCGUGGGCAAGGGCGGCGCGGUCGUGCUGAAGCUCGUCAACCGCGCGCGCGGCGCGGGCGUGCUGGUGUGCCCCGCGGCGGAUCUGGACGCAACCCUGAGGCAGCUGCUGCAGGUGCCCGCGGGCAACGACAUGGAGGUGUGGCUGCAGCGCCAGGCGCCCCGCGCCGUGCAGGACAGCUGGUCUGGGAGCCCUCUGGACGAGCAGCGGCUGCACUUCUGGUCCAACGAGUCCCCCGUCUUCGUGGCCGAGCAGCUCUGCCGCUCCGAGCCCGUCUCCGCGCCCCUGCUCGGCGGGGCCGGCGCCGAGGGCGCCUUCGACGGGACGAUGCGCGUGGCCUUUGCGCUGCGGGGUGCCGCCCAGGGCGGCCUCGAGCUGGAGUGGCUCGGGGGCUACUGGAAGCUGCCGCCCGCGCCCGCCGCGCUCGGGGAGCCAGGGGGCCUCGCCGCGGAGCAGCUGCACGCGUGCAUCAUCAGCUCCUUCAACACGGAGGAGAAGCGCACGGCGGAGGUGCCAGAGGCGCACCUGCAGGCGGUCUACGCAGCGCUGGGCCCGGCGCUGACGCGGGUCUUCGAGCUGGACAUCGCGGACUGGCAGGUGCUCAUCAGCAGCUACCCGGACGAGGCGGCCUUCCGCGCCUUCGUGCUCUGCCGCUGCGCCGCGAACCUGCGCGGCGUCGGCCAGUGGGACAAGUCGUGGUGGCUCCUGGACCGCGCUGCGAAGCACGUGCAGGUCGCGCGCCCGAAGGACCCCGGCUGCCUUCCCGAGCGCGCGGUGCUCUCCUACGUGGAGCGGACCAGGGGGACGAACUUCGCCAUGAAGGAGGAGUGGGGCAAGGCCACCCCGCACUUCGAGCGGGCCCUGGACCUCCUGCCCUCGAGCGCGAGCGCGUACUACCUGAAGGGCGUGGCCCUGCAGGAGAGGCAGAGGUGGGAGAAGGCGGCCGACUGCCACCUCCGCGCGCUCGCGCUCGACCCCGACUUCCGCACGCCGGCCAUGGCCCUGAGCGAGUGCUGGUCGCGCCUGGGCCGCUUCGAGCAGGCCAUCGAGGCGUCGCUGGCGUGCUUGCACCGGCAGCCAGACGCGGCCGUUGCCCAGUACAACAUGGCGCAGGCCGCCUACCAGCUGCUGCGGCAGGGGCACCAGGCCUCGGAGGAGGAGCUGCGGAGGUUGCGCCGCCUCGCGCUGGACAGCCUGGACGCGGCGGAGUCGUCGCCCUUUUUCCCCGAGGAUAAGUGGACGGAGGUGGAGAGGCAGAUGCGGCGGUACUUCCGGGCGGGGAAGAAUCGCGAGACGCUGCCGAAGCAGCCCCUCAAGAGCUGCAAGACGUACGCCUGGCGGCCGUGAGUCGUGCCGGCGGGAGACGGCCCCUCUCGCACACCUCGGAAAAGAGGCCCUCGCGGCACCGCGCCAGUCCCGGCGUCAACAGAA